UGAAGAACAGAUCGACCUGCCAUUUUGCUGCUAGCCUGCUAGUAAGCUAACGGACUAAAGGCAGGGAGAGGGUGAGACUGCUAGAUUGAGACUCAGAUCUCGGGUUGAAACCCUCCCUGGAGCUUUGGGGAACUCUACACAGGAGAUCGCUGAAGACGGAAGUAUCUGAAGACUGACCACAAUGUCCGAUUUUGACAGCAACCCGUUCGCAGAUCCAGACUUCAGCAACCCUUUUCAGGACCCAUCGGUGACCCAGGUGACCCGAACCGCUCCCCCUGGUGGGCUGGAGGAAUAUAACCCCUUCACUGAUGGCAGACCGGCCCCCCCAGGUAAUGCCUCCAAAGCAGCCCCUGUACCCAACACUCAGCCUGCCAUCAUGAACCCCACUGAAGAACCUCCAGCCUACUCCCAGCAAGCUGCUCAGACCCAGCGAAGAACACAGGACCAGGCCCGGGCUCAGGCAGAGUUGAUGAGGAGGCAGGAGGAGCUGGAGAAGAAAGCAGCCGAGCUGGACCGCAGGGAGCGAGAGAUUCAGUCCCUGGGUGCAGCAGGAGGUCGUCAGAACAACUGGCCCCCCCUGCCUGAGAAGUUCCCUGUGGGGCCUUGCUUCUACCACGACAUCUCUGUGGACAUUCCCGUAGAGUUCCAGAAGACAGUCAAGAUCAUGUACAACCUCUGGAUGUUCCACACGGGGACGCUCUUCAUCAACAUGUUCGGCUGCCUGGCUUGGUUCUGUGUGGAUGCGUCGCGUGGUGUGGACUUCGGGCUGGCCAUGCUGUGGUUCAUGAUCUUCACCCCCUGCUCUUUUGUCUGCUGGUACAGACCUCUCUAUGGAGCCUUCAGGAGUGACAGUUCUUUCCGGUUCUUUGUGUUCUUCUUCGUGUACAUCUGUCAGUUUGGAGUGCACGUGCUUCAGUCCAUAGGAAUAACUGGCUGGGGAACCUGUGGCUGGAUAGCAGCUCUGACAGGGCUCAACACCAGCAUCCCAGUGGGCAUCAUCAUGCUGCUGAUCGCUGCUCUGUUCACUGCCCUGUCUGUAGGCUCUCUCAUCAUGUUCAAAAAGGUCCACGGGCUGUACCGGACCACUGGCGCCAGCUUUGAGAAGGCCCAGCAAGAGUUUGCUACAGGGGUGAUGGCUAACAAGACCGUCCAGACAGCUGCAGCUAACGCUGCUGCCUCAGCUGCUACCAACGCUGCCCGUGGAGCAUUCAAACCCCAGCCAUGAACACACUUACACACAUACAUACACUCACAUACACACACUCUCAGACACACAAAUUCACACACACACACUCACAGACAUGCACUCAGACACACACACACACAGACACACUCAGACGCAUACAUACACUUUCACAUGAACACAAAUACACUCAGAAACAAACACACACUAAGACUAACAGACGCACACGCUAAAAAUACAUACCCAUGCAUGCACGUACACUGAGACAGAAACACUUUGACACAUGCAUAAAUGCUCCAGUAUGCAGACAUGCUCUAGCAGACAAACACACAUACUUAAUCCACCUGGCAAACACACACUUAGAUAUGCCAACUCAACCCCCUACCACUCACAAACAUACACUACUACCCAGUCAAACCCAUUAAAACACUCACAAGCCCUCCUCAAAUCCAUUCAUCAUACAGCUUUACUCUGUGUAUGUGUGUGCGCAUGUGUGAGAGACCCUAAGUCAGGUUAAUCACACAGAGGAGUCUGCUUGCUGCCCAGAGAGAGAUGCUACUGAAUGUGAUACUACUGACGUGUGUGUGUCUGGGACAGUGCUCAGUUGAUUAGUUAGUUCACCCCAGUCAGUACAACUACAGUGAAGAACCUUUAGCUAAACGCUGGUGUGUUCCGACAAUGAAGACUGACAGCUUGUUGGCAAACCUAGAGGUCAUAUAUAAACACUGACAGCUUAUCGGCAGACCUGAUCGUCAGAUCAUUCAUUCAUUUUUUUAGCAGUAUUGGUUUUGUGUUCUGGAAGAAAGUUUUUUUAAUUAACUCAUUGCACAUUUAAUGUUAUGUGUAGUACAUGUUGCAACACUAUAUGUAUUUUUAUUUAUGGUUAAUUCAUGUGUCAUUGAGUAGUUUUCAACUUUAGUCAGUUAUCUACCAAGUGUUCGGUGACUCUGGCUUGUUAGAGUAGUGACUCAACAUUGACUCACCUUGGGCCUGUUAUAGUGACUCAGCAGUGACAUUUUGAAGUAGUGACUCGGCACGGGCAUGUUAAAGCAGGCAGGAUAGAGGAGUAACUAAACGUGCUGAGCAAACCCAUCAUGCUAUCCAGCCAGAGCUACAUGAUAUUCCCUCCCUUGGCGUGCGUGUGUGUGACGCGUGCAUGCCUGCCUGUGUACGUGCCUGUGUGUGCGCGCGUGCCUGUGUGUACAUACCCCCAUUUCUGCCCCCAGAGCCUACGUAACCACCUAUUCUCCACAGCUGUUAAACUCCCACAGGUUCGCUUUUAAAUGUUUUGCUCACUUAAACACUCCUGUGUGUUUGUUAGCUGUGUAACGAGAGUCUGUCAAUUGUCUGUGUCCAAGCUCCUUUAGCGACACUGGAUUCAGCACCCUGAUAGAAGAUGUAAGCAGACACAGCGAGAGUAUUCAGCCGUGAUGGCAGUGUAGUGUGUUAAGGGUCAAGUGUUCAGCUCUGUUUAAGGAUGGUCAGGCCAGCUAGGUUAGACUACUCUGUGUAUGUUCCUCUGUGACCUGGUACUGCUUCUGAUAACCAUACGAAAAGGGACACCUGUAUAUUUUGUAAAAUUGAAAUUAACGUUUUUUUCUCCAUAAUCCUUGAAUCUCAAUCAUCUGAUAAGAAGGAAAAAAAAUCUAAAGAGAAGAUGCACUCUUGUCUGGCCUUUGUCGCAUGUGAAAUAGUUUGAGUUUUGUAUAUUUAUGGUAUUAACAUGAAAAUAAAUUUGAAAGAAUACCUCCA